AUGAGUGCGGGAACUCUUCUGCAACAAAUCGGCUCUGCAUGUCGUGACGGGCGUCUUGGUGCGACAGCCAUUGCGGACAUUAAGGCGUACUUGGCCUCCCCGUUUAAGCAGAGCGGCGGCAGCCAAGCAACAUCCGCGAGUGCUGCGACUACUGCCGCGACGGCUCCGGGGCUGAAUGGAGCUGCUGCAACGAGCGGUUUUGGAGGUUUUCCUGCCACCACACAACAACAAAAGCAGCAGCAGCAGCAGCCAUUUGCGCUCCUAGGUUCUGUGGGUGAUACUCCUGUGGGACAGGUCGGAUCCUUGGAACUCGUUAACGAGCAUGUGGGAAGGGCUCGUGUCUUGCUCAGCCUCCUUGUACUUUGCGGAGAGCCUGAGAAGCUGACCGGCGUCAACGAGACGUUGGCUUCUGUUGCCUCACUUGCAGCUAGCAACAUUCUUCAAUUUAUCAGGGCAGAACUUUCCUCAACCUCCCUCCUCAUGUCGGGCCACAGCUCAGUUUCCCCUGUCUUCUCCGCGCAUGGAAAGUCAAAUCCCAUUUUACUCACAGCCCAGUGUCUACUGCUGCUUACACGCCAUUUCCAGAUGCAGGAAUCAUUUGUUAGGGAACUGUGCGGAAUCUUGGAGCUUCUCAUGGAAGAGGUGCGUCGGCACAUGCACGCAGCAGUGCUAAGCAUGGACUCCUUCCGCCAGCACCCUUCUACGGCGGGUAUUUCUGCCGUGUCAUGGCUUUUAACAGCAUCUCUUGUGAAUAGUAUGGCGGUGUGGAAACAGCUUCGUGGCAACGCUGGGCAAGCCAAGGAAAACACUUUGCUGCAUUCCAACCUCGCCACAGAGGUGGAGGAGUGGGUAAGGAAGCUACGGUCCAAGGUUGAGCAUUCGCAGAUGUCGGGAUCCUUGUCAUUUUCCGCCGCUGGACACCGUAAGGGAGGGCAACCAAAGCUGCCUGUCCCGCUUGAGGCGAGGGUAAAAGACAGUGGUAGGCAGCGCUUUAGCUGGGUGUCGAUCCUGGAAGGAUAUCUCAGUAUAAUUUUGCUGGGGGUGGGUGUAUUCCUCUGUGGCAAGGGCGAUGAGCGUGGUCUGGAUAGGGCGGUGGAGGCGUUUCUCGGUGAUCGCUGCCAAUCCCCAUUCUCGGAGAACCGCGGCAAGGUCAUGAAGUACUUUGUACAACUGGCCCCGCUACCGAGUUUGCUGGUGGUUCCGGCUGAAAAUAUCUACAUCAUUCCAUACGAAAUUAUUGCUUACACGUUUGAUGAAAUGCUUCUAGCAAUAAAACACGUGGCCGAUAAUGAUGUACGCUCUUGUGUUAGAUACCUGGAGUCCUUGCAGGCAGGCACUGAUGCGCCUCAGUGCGAGGAGUUUGGAACCGUUAACACGCCUUUUUCAACCGCGGCAGGCGGUGGUGGAUUGCAGCAGUACAGUGUAGAGAAGAUGGUACAGGAUCAACGCGAGCCAUUCUUCUCGGAGAUGGCGCACAUCCUUCAGGCUCUCACGGCGUGUCUGGAAAACCUUCCCUCCGAUGUGUUGAACCCCGACAUGGAUGCUGAUUGUGCCGUGACAUUUUUUAUAUUUAAAAACUGUGUGACGCACAUGCGUUCUGUUUUUCAGACACAACGACCAAAUGUAAUUUGGGAGUCGUAUACUCUCAAGAUCCUGACCAGUUUUCUUGAUGUGUUGGCGAUGAUUGGGAGGAAUCCGCAGUACACAGAGCGUGUUGUGGCCCUGUUCGGCGAAAUGCAGGUGGAAUGCACUGAGCUGCAGUGGUCCUCGCUUAUCGGACAGGCACAAGAAUGCACUGGCGUGAGUGGAGGAGUGUCAUCGUUACUGUGGCUGGACGUGGGCGGCUCCAUGUCGGCGAUAAAGAAACCCACAGGGGCAACCGCCUCACGUCAUCGUCAGUUCACACAGGAGUACCUCUUGGAAAAGCAGCAGAGAUUUGUCGCCAGCGUGUUUACCUUGUUGUGCCAAAUAGCAACGCACCCUCUGCUUCGGGAUCAAGUGCGCUACGCUGUCACACUUGACACGGCUCUUAAUUUUCUCUAUGCCCCACGACUCUCACAGCCCGUGCUUGGGAAGGUGCUUUCGCUCAUUGGCUCACUCAUCACAAAUCAUGAGGAAGCCUCACGUGUGUGGAGUCUUCUAGAAGAAAAUCAUCUACUUCGUCCUGUUACGGAGGCUAGUGGUGGUGGUGGUGCUGCUGCUGCUGGUGGUGGUGGUGGUGGCCGUUGGAGGCAGAGCGAUACCGGCGACGUGAAACGGCGGGCAAACGGCGGCGCGGAUGACAACAACACCGCCGUCACCGUGGAAGCACGAUCGCUACUGGGUCAUUGCCAGUACGAAUGCCACCAUGGAACUUACAGUAUAACCAUUGGCUUUCUAGGUCUGAUGAUCGCUUUUUUCAAGUAUCACACGCCUGGAAUGGAGCACCUGCCAAUUUAUACGCUGGUGACACGUUUUAUUGCUGAGGAAAUUUUUCGAGGCGUCCUCCGUCGUUUUUUUGCGUCUGCGGACGAGCGAUACACUGUGGCCGCAUUAGCUGCAGCAACACUGACUCGCGCCUUGACGCUGCGUCUCGCCUUUACUGGGGACAAGAGCAUGGUUCCCUUUACAGUUGUCAUGGCCUGCGCAAAGGCGCCUGCGGAUGUCUUGGGUGAAGCGUUGCAAAUUAUCUCUGAGGCCGCAACGGCGCCGAAUGAACUGCUUAACUAUCAACGCGCGGCGGUGCGUCAAUGUCUUGCCUUGCUAAGGACCGCAAUCACCGUAAAGGAGGAGCAAGGUCUAGAUACCCUCUUCACCUUCGAUGCCCGAACCGCAAGUAACACCGAGCUCGCCGCCCAAUUACUUCCGCUGAGUGCUAGUGUUGACAGUCUCGUUGUCCGGAAGUCGCUUCAACUCCUUUUGUUGAUUCCGCAGCCUACGGUGAGCCAGGCAACACGUCAUUGGUUUGUUCGUCCAGACGCCCUGGAGGCCGUCAUCACACCGUUUGUAACCGCACUGCGUCCGGAUGCUGUCAGCAGUCCUAUUAUUCACGUCCCACCUGCACUUGCCGUGCUGGAUCACGAUGAGGUGCAGCUGCUGCUCCCCCAUGCAGAGGUGGAGACUAAGUCGCUUAUCUUAGAUCUUCUUAUUCAGCAUGCGCUGGCUCCUCAGACCUCCAUCACCUCUUGGCUCUGUGGCUAUCCAUUGUACGGCUCCACCGAAGAGCUGUUGACCGGUUACUGUCUUGAGCCUAUCAUAGCAGGAGCGAAUAGUCGCGAGGUUGAGGAGAGGCAUCCACAUAUUGCGAUUAAAUAUGUGAAGCUAGUCUAUCUUCUCCGUGCCAAUCCGUCUCUCAGCACUCCCAGUCUUCAACGCCUGAUGAAACGGCGUGGAAAUGACAAGGUGUUUUAUGUGCUACAAACACUGCGUCCGGAUCAGUGUUCACCGCUCAUAUUAAACAAGUACGCCUUUGUUAUGAAGCUGUUGGCGCUAGACAUCUUUAGCAUUGGAACAAAGACGCCUGAAGAGCUGCAGGUCUCUUUGUAUUCGACGCCCAAUUCCAGCUUGGUGGAACUUCUCUUCUUGCUGUUGCAUGUCUCACCCCAGUUGGCGUCACGGAAGUCGGAUGAAUUUGCCUCACCCGGCGUCAUUGACAUCCAUGAGAGAGGCAUUGCGGUGGACUUUGCACAGUGGCCAACCUUCUGCUUAAAGUCUCUUCCACUGUUUCCAACGAACUGUGUGGCUCCUGGCGGGGCGGAGGGUUACAUCUUUCGCGCCAACGAUGACACCCCGCAGUACUCGAUUCCGCGUAUUUAUGAGGCAGUUCAACGGGAGAGUCAGAUGAGCAAUAAACGCUCUCUCUCCACGAAGGAAAUUCGGGAGCGGCUCAGCGUCUUUGUCCGCGCCAACGAAUGUCUCGCCGCGUAUGCCGGCGGUGUACAAUUUAUCGAGGGUUGGUGCGCCCUGGCGAACAUAUCGGUCACCGUACUGGACAAAAUUCAACAAGAACGUAUUCUGUACUUGGCGCACUGCCUCUUGGAGAGCGUUCAACUAACCUCCUCGCUGACGGUUGCGGCCCAGGAGCAAAUUGUGUAUCAGCUCAGCCAGACCCUCUCAACCCUCAUGGCGCAACUCAAACGCCAGGCGGUACUCGCGAAGGAGGGGGCUCUUGUGCGUGUCCCGCAAAACGGCGCACAGGGGUCCAUGGUGGCGAGUGGCCGAAACAUUGGAAACGAAACCAUCAUGGAUGGAGGCGUCGGUGUCUCGCGACGCACACGAAAUGACAGGACGAGUAUUCCACAACUUUCAGCAGUCUCGCAAACGGCACAGAGGAGCUUUACAGAGACCACCGACGGCUACUCACGUGCAUCCAAGAGGGAUGCUACUGGAACUCUUAUUUUGAGCAAGCAAGACGUUACAGACAUGUUUGGUCGUUCUUUGAUAGACCCGGAGAGUUUGCAGUUGCUGAAAACGCUUCUACUAACAACUGUGCAGUGGGGGCCUAGGGUAGGUAUGGCACGGCAGCAUUUCUACAGUGCCGUUAUGGCUUUCCUUGGAACCCCCGGUGCCUCCUUAGAUGAUAUCGCGCUUCAACGCCACCACAGGGCACUAUUUGAUGUUCUUGUCCAGGAUAUAGCCAGCGCUUCUUCCGGUGGAAACAAGUUGGCGGCCUUGGCGCUGCUUGCUCAGCUGCUGCAUUUCUCCCCACAGCUCUGUGAAAUGCUGUGUAUAUCGUCCACAGGCGACGGUACGAGCCCACAAUUGAUGACGUGCAUAACGAGUGCAUUUCAGGCAAUCGAUGAAUCGAUUUCAGCCUUCUUUGCUCAUGGCGGGACGGAAGUUGCCUCUAUUUUGUGGCUUGCACAAACUGUCUUUGACCUUCUGAUGAUUAUUUCCCAGCAGCACGCCGUUCAAUUGAUUCAAAUUAAUGCCCUAUCACACUGCAUCGCCAUGAAGGUGUGGAAUACAAGCGCCCGGGUUGUACUAGGACACACGAAUAGCCAUGCUGAGACCGAUGCGUUUGGUUCGGAGAACGUUGAGGUGUACAGGGAGGUUAUUAAAAGUGUCCUCUUGUUUACCACGCGUUGGUUUAAUGUGAUUUUGUCAGCAUUGGAUAACUCCGAGGCGGCGCUUGUGCCGGUUGCCGAAUUUGUGCGCAGCAACCAACUUCUGUUUCAAAGUGUGUUGAGUUCCCCUUAUCUGGACUACCACCGGCGGUAUGUGGACUCGCUGACGCUGGGCCUAUUUGUGGAAAUCGGUGGAAUGCUCUACCGUCUCUCCUGCUCGCCACUUGUGGAUGAGUGUCGCGCGCUGGUGCACCUAUUUGCGCUCACCGACCUUCUCGCCCUUCUCACGAAGAGUGAGUUUGUUGAAAGCCCCAUCUUUGCCACUGACGCCGCCACACCACUUAUGCCGGUGUCAUCGCCACUCAGCGGCAGCCAGACAGGCUCGCUUCCCUCGCCAAGUCAACGCCAACAGAUUUCCGUCGCGGUACAAAACAUUUUACGGUUUUUGUUGCGAGCGGAAAACCUGGGUGCACUCUUUGCAGGGUGGGGAGAGAAUGGAUUUGCUGCGACGGAUGCAGGUGGUACAGGUGGAGAGCAGCCGCCACCACGUCUUAGCGAUGACGCGCGGAGCAAGACACUCAUGGUAACCAUAACGGAGCAGGUGGUGGCUACUAUGGAGAACGCCUAUUAUAGUGGAGUGGUGCAGGCGGUGCAUUUUGUACCGCACCUUGUCGCUCUGCAUUCCCUCGUUCUCUUCUUGCAUGCCUUUCUGCUAUUGGAUCGAGCAGCCCACGUAAGGGACGUGAGGAGCCAGUGGGGUCCUAUUGUGCACGCUUUGGAAGAGGCGCAACGGGUUGUGAACCUAUGGAAGGCCUUCCACUCAGAUUACAUCAAAGGCGUGAGGGUCAGUCGGGCGGGCGACGGACGGUGGAGUGUUGCCGCACCGUCUAUCAGCAAUCAGUCAACGCACCUAGCCAUCUCCGCACCGCCGCAGGAGGAUAGCCACACCACGAGCACUUACCAUCAACAACUUCUGGACACCCCAACAAGAAGAAGUCUGAAGCAGGUGACAGAUAGUGCAGUGGAGCGGAGCUUCACAAACCAGCUCUCUACGGUCACCCUUGCGGCUGUUGGUGGUGGGGCAGUGCAGCUCGGUACGACGGGAGAUGCCAGCUGCCUGGCAUCUGAUGCAGUCACACUCCCCCCAGCUGCCGGUGAUGUCUCUAUUGGUGCGUUGGUGGAGCCCACGCGUCGCACUGAGGUGCUUCAGAGUGACGUGGCGUGGGGCGUGUAUCCUGCGCGCGAUGAGGUGCUGAACAUGGAGUCGCUUCUGCGACAGGUGAAGGUGGCGAUCUCCAACGCCCUGCGCGUGGCGUCACGCACAUAG